AUGUCCCUUGCACCAUUGCGGAUGCUCCGGGCAGCGAGCAGGCUUCAGUUCCUGCCAGCAGAGAGGAGUUUCGCCACGAAGGUCGCUUUCGUGAAGAAGAUCUACUCCGACGGGAGCACCUGCCAGAAGUGCGACUUCGUCUGGAAGCAGAUUCAGAAGGACAACCUGGUUGAUAAGAUUGACCGCACCAUCGUCGCCGAUGAGCGGGACCCAUCGUCCGAGGGCAUUGUUCUGGCGCAAAAGCACAAGGUGCAGCGAGCACCUUUCUUCGUCGUCGUUGACGAUGCCAAGCCAGAGGAGGAGAAGAUCUACGACGUUUACUUCAAGCUCAAGAAGGAUGUCUUUGACCAGGAGUCGGGUGAGAAGGAAAAGAACGAGGAGAUCAUUCGAGGUAUGAUGAAGCAAGUCUUCUAG